UUGACUGCCAUUGUCGAACUGAACACGUUUCAAUUGUGCGCACAAGGUACAGAUAAAUUGCAACUUGCAAGACAAUCACCGUUGUGAAUUGUCUUGGAUGCGGCGUGGGGACUAUAGCAUAAUUGAAAGUGCUUCAAGCUUGGCCUUGGUGUUUACAGAAAUUUCAAUUAAAUCUCCGUCAUCGAUCAUCGAUCAUAUAUAGAACGUAGUUUCCAGAAAAGUCGUUUAGAACACGAAAUUCUUGGCACAACGGCAGUGGCACACCACAGUUAAAGGCUAGCUUCCAACGCAGCAGCAACAACGACUGCCCUCCUGCCGCCAUUGCUGUGUACCAUGGGUUCCUUACAUGACGGGCCUUCAGAAAUGGCUCAUUUCACUGCAAGUAGCGUCCGUGCGCCCGAUGCUGUAGAGGAAACAUUCCCGCUUACCCAAAUACCAUCCGCAUCUGCCAAUCGACCACGCAUAAGUACUUCAGGCAGCAAACGUCAAAAGCAGUCCCUCAAUUGGCUGGCCAAGUUCAGAAGAGCUGUAACCUUAAUGGCGCAACCAGAAAAACGGAUAGCCAAAGCCCCCACCGUGUGGAAGAGCAUUCAAGCGAUUGUUUUUGCUUCAUGGCUAAAUGUCUUGUUGGUCUUUAUCCCGAUAUCUUGGGCUAUAAACUUUGUUCUCCCCGAUCAUUACACUCUAAUAUUUGUUUUUACAUUUCUGGCUAUCAUACCGCUAGCCAAGCUUCUCGCCUUCGCGACCGACGAGCUGUCACUACGAGUCGGUCAAACUCUAGCUGGUCUUCUCAACGCUACAUUAGGAAAUGCCGUCGAACUCAUCGUAUCAAUCAUCGCGCUCGCGAAGUGUCAGCUUACAAUCGUUCAGUCGUCCUUGGUGGGCUCUAUCCUGAGCAAUCUCUUACUGGUACUGGGCAUGUGUUUCUUUGCCGGUGGUCUCCGUUUCUCGGAACAGGGAUUUGGUCAAAGUGCUGUGCAACUUAAUUCGUCAUUACUGACCAUCAGCGUGAUUGCUGUUCUGUUACCUGGGGCUUUUCACAUGGCUCUUCAGGGUCAACCAGAAUAUGACGAAUUGUCGACCGAUUACAACAUAUUGAAAACUAGCCAUGGCGUUGCAAUCAUUCUCCUUUUCAUCUACGCCUCAUAUCUUGUUUUUCAGUUAUUUUCGCACAAAGGCCUCUACGAUGAUGACACCGGAGAUAUGCAACCAACCAAGGCUUAUGCAGGCCCCAACCCAUUUCGGUUACACAGGACACGUAGGAAUAUCACGGACGGCGAAACAGUGCAUUCUCCGAGUUCGACGCAUGACAGAGAGGCAGCCACAACGUUGUCCCGCCCCGCAGAUGCCAACCCUGAUGUAGAACCUGGGACAAAUUCCAUAGCAUCAGUGGAGACUGAGGCUCUUGAGCAACCAUCGAUGAACCUUGCUGUGUGCAUUUGGCUUUUGGUUGUCGUAACUGUGUUGGUUGCUGUUACUGCAGAAUUCCUCGUUGACUCAAUUGAUGGCCUGACUUCAUCUGGGUUGAUCAACAAGGAGUUUGUUGGUAUUAUUUUGCUCCCGAUCGUCGGUAAUGCAGCGGAGCACGUUACUGCAGUUACGGUAUCCGUCAAGGAUAAACUGACUUUGAGCUUGGGCGUUGCUGUGGGUUCGAGUAUUCAAAUUGCGCUCUUUGUGAUUCCAUUCAUCGUGACACUUGGUUGGAUUAUGGAUAAGCCACUGACACUUCUCUUCGACCCGCUGGAAUCCAUUGUCCUGUUUCUUUCCGUCCUUACUGUCAAUUACGUCGUGCAGGACGGGAAGUCAAACUGGUUGGAAGGAAUGAUCCUCAUGUGCUUGUACCUGAUUUUGAGUGUAACGUUCUGGUAUUAUCCUGGUACCCAAGGAAUCUUCCCAAAUUGUUAGACCGAACCAGCAUCUUCGAUGAAUUGAGGACUGCCACGGGCUUAGUAGUAAACUUCGACCUGGGCCACCUUGCUAUCGAUCAUAUUCGGUACCACAUCUUCGGCACACUAGUCACCAGCCCCUUCUGUCCAGUGCCAACUCUCAUUAUCGUCGUGCUCUUUUCUUUCUUAUAUCUAUGGAUGGUUCGCAGUAGCAACCCAUCCCUGUCCUCAUCCUUAUUGUUGCGCUGGUCGUCUUGUCAGAGAAACAGAGGAUUCCACUUUAUUCCUACUUGCUUUUUUAAACAUAAGUUAUAUAUUAACUUGCAGUGCAUUAUACUGUCGGUGACGGGAAACGUUAACCCCUCAGCACGUCAACUUAUGAGCUUUUACUCCAUUCUGUUGAUUGUGACAGGACAUGUCCGCAAUAUUACUACGUAG